CUGAUCAUUCUCUGGAUGCGCCUAUUGAAAUCGAAAAUUGAAACUAGUAGUUUUCCGAAAAUGGCGCCGGAAAGUGACAGAAAGCGUAGAGGUGCGGACAAAGCGCACCGUGGAAACCUCAAUAUGUAUAAAAUCGCAGUGAAUCUCAUUGGUGUGGCUUUCGGGUUUUUCCAUCGGUGGCAUGUGUCUACACUAUUCGAAAAUGACCGGCAUUUCUCACAUUUGUCCGAAAUCGAGAGGGAAAUGUCCUUUCGCACGGAAAUGGGAAUGUAUUACUCGUACUACAAAACAAUCGCGGAAUCGAAAACGUACACAGAGGGUUUAAGCAAAAUUAUCAACGAUGACAUUUCGGAACAUGGAAAUGUUAUCAAUGCCGGUCAGAAGUAUAAGUUGCUGCCAGAGUUGGCAGCUGGAUGGCUUUACCACUAUGCUAAAAAUCUAGGAAUCAUAUCGAUAGACCAGUGUUGGCAAGUAGAAAGAGGAGACGGUGUGCCACCGGUAACCAGCUGUGAAGGCCUAGGUGUUCCUAUUUAUUUUUAUUUGGAGAUUGUUUGGUUUUGUACUAUAUUCACUGUAGCUAUACUGUUUUAUUACUCCGUGUACUUGGGUAACAGUGUGAGCAGUGGAAUUAUCACGGUACUGCUGUUCUUUUACAAUCAUAACGAAUGCACACGUGUUCAGUGGACACCACCGCUGCGAGAGAGUUUUGCAUACCCAGCGAUACUUUCUCAGAUGUAUAUGCUAACUGUGAUUCUUAAAGAAGAUACUCGGCAAAGCUGUGAAAAAGUGCCUCUGGAAUUAAUUUUGAAAACUGGUAUGUCAACAAUAAUUAGUUUAUGCUGUUGGCAGUUUACCCAUUUUGUGUUCACGACACAAAUCAUUGCGUUACUUAUUCUUAGAUGGAUGAGGAUAAUCUCAAAUGAUCUCUAUACGUACAUUUGUGCAAUUCAUGUUUCGUCCAUAAUGUUAGUAAUGGCCGUGUCGGAUGACCGGACUAUAUUUUUUUCUAUGUACUUUUGUCUUGCGUUUACAAGUUUCAUUUUAAGUCUGUUCUACAAACUAUCUUUCCUUAUGGGUAGAAAAUUGCAAACAGGCCUCGAAGUUGUACUUAUAUUUGUUUGUACGAAAUUAUAUAAAUCUUUGAAAUGCGUGUCUGAACACGAUGAGCACGUGUUCAAUAUACUCAAAGCGAAAUUGAGCAAUUACAAGGACUUUCACACGAUGCUGUAUACAUGCUCGGCCGAGUUUGAUUUCUUACAGUACAGAAGUUACGAAGCAAUCAUAAAGACUCUGCUUUUACCAUCUGCUAUACUCGCUGGAACAUUAGUACUGUAUUUUUGGUACAGAAAUUAUAAAAUUAAAGGGUACCCCAAGUGUAUAGAUGCAGAUCUAGCCUACAACGGCCUACAAACCGGCGCUUUUAUCCUUAUGGCAGUUUUCAUUAUGAGACUAAAAUUAUUCAUGAACCCUCAUCUCUGCAUAAUAGCGGGCAUGGUCUGUUCGAGCAAGUAUUUGGAGAAACUUGGACUGAAGAGUAAUACGACGAAGACUGCCGUUACCAUUCUGUUAAUAUCCGCGAUGUCCUAUCAUGGUUUAGAGAGACUUAAGGAAGAACGAAAUAUCAUAGGCGAAUAUAGCAAUAUCGAGCAAGAAGAGUUGUUUGAUUGGAUAAAGAAUUAUACUCCCGAACACGCGGUGUUCGCCGGAAAAAUGUCUUUAAUGGCGAAUUUAAUGCUCUCUACGGGAAGACCUAUCGUCAAUAAUCCUUACUAUGAAAGCAAAGAAAUGAGAGAUCGAACGAUGAAAGUCUACGAAGUCUUCAGUAGGAAAGACGUGGCUUCCGUAUACUUUACUCUGAAGAACAUGGACGUCGAUUAUGUCAUACUGGAAGAGCCCCUGUGCUUUGGUUUCGCGAACUUGCCAGUUGGGUGUCAAAUGAUUGAUCUAUGGGACGUCGUUGACAACGGAACUGCAAAGGCUGCAGGAAAACCACCUCUCUGCCCAAUACUCUUUCGAGAGAAUUGUUACCCGUUCAAAAGAGCUUUCGUAAAUGGUCGAUACGUCGUUUUGCAACUCAAUUAUUCUCAUUACGUCGAAUUAAAACCAAAGAUUCCCGCGUAUCCUGUUCAUUCAAUGCAUUCCGAGAUGUUUUAAAGCGUGAUAUAUGUCCUGUAAAUUUUCGAGUAUUGUAAUAUAGACUGUAUAUUCUUUGAACUUUGUGGUAUUGUAACGUAUGGUGUGCGUUCUGUAUAUUUUAACCCUUUACACCAAGGACGCUUCGAUGAAGAGCAUAGCGUACACCACGACUGUCGGAGGGCAAAGGGUUAAAAUAUAUGUUCUAAUGUAUAAUAUACUUAUAUAUGCCAUUUAACUGAAUGGAGCAAGUGGUUAGUUAUAUGCGUUCUUAUUUUAUUCUCAAAGUGAAAUGAAAUAUACUUAAUAAAUAUAAGUUCACUUCGUAGCCUGAUAAUGUAUGUAUGAAGAAGUUUUUUUUUGUUUACUUAAGAUAUUUUAGUCUUAUUAAAGACCUAUUAUGCCAAAUUAUUGUACAAAAAUAAAGUUGUAUAUUUCUAUGUAUAUAUUGCAUCUCGAAAUAUAGUUUAUGUAAA